GUGUGAGUUCCUCCUCCACCGCUGGGGGGCGCUGAUGCUCCGGUUCACAGCUCCGCAGCGGCGCAGAAGAAGAGGCGGAGGCCAGAGAACCGUUGCCGGGUUAAAGCAGCAGCUGUUGUUCGCAGGUAGCGCCAUGGCGGCCGUGCGCAGCUUACGGGUGUCGGUGAAAUCAGACAGCGGCUCGGACCGCUCGGACUCGGACUCGGACUCUGAGUCGGACAGAGAUGCCCGCGAAGCCGAACCGAUGGAGGUGGAGGAGGGAGAGCUGGAGGCCGAGGACAUCUCCGUUAACCGCUCUCUGAAGGAGCUGCUGCCGGACACGAGUCGGAGGUAUGAGAACAAAGCUGGAGCCUUCAUCACCGGGAUCGAUGUCAACUCAAAGGAGGCGAUUGAGAGAAAAGAGAAGCGAGCGAGACGUUUCCAUUUCCACGGGGAGGAGAGCGUCGGGCAGAGGAACGUCUUUCUGGACAAAGACACCAUGAAGAAAGCCAUCCCCAGACUGCGGCUGGAGGCGAUCCACGUGACGGGCGUGGACGACAUGAGCACGCAGGACGUCUUCGGGUAUUUCAAGGAGUAUCCUCCGGCUCACAUCGAGUGGAUCGACGACACGUCCUGUAACGUGGUGUGGCUGGACGACAACACGUCCAUCCGAGCCCUCAUCAACACCAGCCGGAUGCCCGACCCAGACGCUGUUACCGCGGAGACGGAGAGCGCCGACCAGCCGGCCGAGCAGAGCAAAGGUCGGCGGGGUCAGGGGUCAGAUGACGAGGAGGAGGAGGAGGGCGAGGUGGACGAGGAUGAGGAGGAGGCCGUGAAGAAGAGCGGCGAGGAGAUCGAGGGGAAAGACAGCGACGGAGAGGCGGAGCAGAAGAGGAAGGCGGAGGGCGGUCAGGUGAACGACCUGUCGCGGGCGGAGAGAGAGUCUCUGCUGAGGAACGACCUGCGGCCGGCGAUCAAACCCUUCAAAGGAAACAAACUGAUGCUACGCUUCGCCACGCAAGACGACAGGAAGGAGCCGGGCGCCGCUCGUCGCAGCAGAUACUACAUGAAGUACGGAAACCCAAACUACGGAGGCAUGAAGGGAAUCCUGAGCAACUCCUGGAAGAGGAGGUAUCACAACCGGAGGAUCCAGAGAGACGUCAUCAAGAGCAAGAAGCCUCUGAUCGGAGACAGCAUGGGACACACACCUCCGUACACACACCGACACUCAGCUGACCUGGUCAACCUGCCCGAGGAACCCAUCAAGGAGGAGGAGGAGGAGGAAGAGGAGGAGGACGGCGACGAGGACAUGGACUCUGACGACAGGGUGGUGGAGUACAGGGAGCGAGGCGAAAGGGGCGGCGGCUCGCGGUCGCUGGGGGCGGGGCUUCGCAGCCGGGUGGAGCGCUCUCCGUCCCCUUGGUCGGAGUCGGACGAGAUGGACUACGACCUGGAGCUGAAGAUGAUCUCCACGCCAUCGCCAAAGAAGAGCAAGAAGAUGACGAUGUACGCCGACGAGCUGGAGACUCACCUGAAGAGCAUCCGGAACCGGAUCGGUGGGUCCGGGUCACAGAGCAGGACCAAAUCCUCAUCGCCCCCCAAAGUGACAGACGUCCGGCAGCUGCUGGAGGAGAAAAGACAGGGACUGUCUCAGCACAGAUCGCCCCCCCCGGUGGCCAGCGGCGGGAAAACAGAUGUACGACAGAGGCUGGGGAAGAGACGUUACUCCCCAGACAGACAGCGCUCAACCUCCCCCAUCUCCCCCAGAGAGACUCCCCCCACCAGGGAACCAAUCAGAGACGUGCAUCGCAGACUGGGCGUGGCCAGUCAGGACAGAGGCCUCCACUCCAACUCAUCCAAAGACAGAAAGACAGGCGGCCUGUGGAGCAGACUCGGCUCCAGCGACGCCGACAGCAGCACCGGACGUCACGACCGCAGACCGAGCAGCAGCUCGUCGGGCCUGUUCUCCUCCUCCUCCUCGUCAGGGCGGGGUGGUGAUGGCGGCGGCGUCGACAGCAGCAGGAGGAGACGAGGCGACGGAGAGGGUGAAGAGGGAGAAGAGGAGGAGGAGGAGGAAGACGACUCGACGCUGCAGAGGAUGUGGGGCGCCAUGAUCAAACAGAAACAGGAGCGUCUGUCCCACAAGAUGAAGAAGAGCCGACUGGACAACCUGCCGUCGCUGCAGAUCGAGAUCAGCCGCGACAGCAGCGACGACUCCGACGCCUGAAACCGAAACUGACGGCGGCGGAGGAGGAGGAGGCGGGAAAAGGACAGAAGACCUCCUCUGAACCCACAUCACAUCUUCUCUCCAAGUACAGUGCAUAUAAAGACACAGACUGCAGAUCUGAGGCCAGUGUGGUGGGCUCAUGGUGUUUGUCUCUGAUCCUGAUCAGAGUCUCAGAGACUGAGGAACCUUUCACACCUGGUGGUCUGGUCUGAACCAGAACAGCAGGUGUGAAAGGUUCCUCUGAUCCGGUCUGAACCAAAGGACCAAAGGAGGUGGUCUCAGUCAGGAUCAAACUGAACCAUGGUUUGGUUUGGUUGCAGUGUGAUAUGUUUUUUGGAUGGUUCUGACUUUCAGACCAAUCACAGGAAGUUAAGGCUCGUCAUCUAUUAAACAGUAGAAGAAGAGAAGUGAUCCGGUCUGUAACACCUCUGAACAGCAGAGUGAGACGUCUUCUCUCCAGAGGAUCACUUCACUUCAACUUUCAUUCAUCUCAGAUCGAUAGUUUCAUUCCAACAUGUCAGAUACAGAUUCAAUGAUCGAGUUGAUAUAAGUCUCUGAUCAGACUCUGUAUCAGCAGAUAAUCAAUGCUGAAGGACUCGGAUCAGGAUCAGGACCCGUGUUCAUCUGCAGCUGCAGACAAAACUCCCAGCCCUCAGCUGUGUGUAACAAAGCAUCCUGGGAAACUCGGCAGGUGUUUCGUCAUCGGUAAAUCAUUCCUGUGGUGGUCGGAUCGAUGUCUUUUUUUAUCGGGACCAUUCCUCCUCGCCACUUUCAGCUCUUCAUCGUGCGGCCGCAGCUCAGCUUCAGCGUGUCGAACCCAAUACAAAACUCCAUUGACAAAACGCGUGUUUUUAUGUGUUCCUGUCUGUCUGAGCAGAGGCUCGUCGGCAUUGAUAAAAGAUGAAUAAGUGAUGAAAAUAAGAUGAGCGCAGCUCAUCUGCCUCCACCUAAAACUCCACCUUUUGCCUCCAGACUGGUUCGGUGUCUGGUUUUUGUGUUGUUCCUCUUGAAGCUGAAAGAACUGAUGAAACAGACUCAGAAAGAAACGAGAGGAAACGAAGAAGAAGACUGUUGUCAGACGGUAAAUGUCCCGAAUGUGGAACAUUUUUAAAAUCUGCAUCAUCAUCAUCAUCAUCAUCACCACCACCAUCAGCGCUGACACAGUGCUACCUGUCUGUGUGUGUUGUACGUCCUGCAGUUUGACUCCGGCUACAUGAUUAUUUUUGUUUUUUUAAUCCAAUGUUUCGGGGCCACAGUGAUCAGGUGACAUCAGUCUGCUGGAUAUGAAUUGAAAUGAUUCAUUUUACAGGUCUGUCACGUCUCAGUCUUUUCCUCUGAGCAUCACUACAUACAACUGUCGUGUUAAUUAUCAAAAAUCAGUUGUUUAUUCGGUGCCAGGCGACAAAGUUUAUUAAAGCUGCAGCAGUUUGUUUUAAUUACAGGCCAAUCUACAGACAACUUUCUCUGUGGUUU